CCAGGCUGCAGCGGCGCGGGGGAGCCGCCGGGAAGGAGGACACUGCCACCCGCAGCCUCCCGGCGCUCACUGCAGCUGGGUCAGCAGACCCCCGGCGGCACCGGGGGCGAUCGCGGCUGCGGGGAGCCCCGCCCAGGUCCCGGGGUGGAGGCGGGGGGCAGGAGCUCGAAAGGAACCAUGUUCGCAGGCUGCCCCGGCCUCUGGGUCCUGGUGGUCCUGGGCGGCAGCUGGGCAGGCGCGGGGAGCCUGGGCGCCCAAGCCGCGCCGCUGAGGCAGUUCUACGUGGUCGCUGAAGGAAUCAUCUGGAACUACCGCCCUGAGCCCGCCAACCAGAGUUUGAAUCCUUUUGCAACUUCCUUUAAGAAAAUUGUCUACAGAGAAUAUGAAACACAUUUUAAGAAGGAAAAACCACGAUCUAGAAAUUCAGGACUUCUUGGGCCUACUUUAUAUGCUGAAGUUGGAGACAUCAUGAAAGUUCACUUUAAAAAUAAGGCAGACAAGCCCGUAAGCAUCCACCCUCAAGGAAUUCAGUACAGUAAAUUCUCAGAAGGUGCUUCCUACCCUGACCACACGUGCCCCGCGGAGAAGAUGGAUGACGCAGUUGCUCCGGGCCACGAGCACACCUACGAGUGGCAUAUCAGUGAGGACAGCGGGCCCACCCCCGACGACCCGCCGUGCCUCACAUAUGUCUAUUACUCCUAUGACAAUCUGAUACAGGACUUCAACUCUGGGCUGAUUGGACCUCUGCUCAUUUGUAAGAAAGGCACCCUCACAGAGGAUGGGACUCAGAAGAUGUUUGACAAGCAGCACGUGCUGAUGUUUGCUGUGUUUGACGAAAGCAAGAGCUGGAGCCGGGCACCUUCCUCCCUAAUGUACACCGUCAAUGGCUACGUGAACGGGACGAUGCCAGAUAUAACAGUUUGUGCCCGUGACCACGUCAGCUGGCAUCUGAUUGGAAUGAGCUCCGGACCAGAACUGUUCUCCAUUCAUUUCAAUGGCCAGGUCCUGGAGCAGAACCGUCACAAGAUCUCAGCCGUCACGCUUGUCACUGCUACGUCUGCUACUGCAAACAUGACCAUGAGCCCAGAGGGCAAGUGGACCGUAUCUUCCCUCAUCGCAAAACAUCUUCAAGCUGGGAUGCAGGCUAACAUAGAUGUUCAAAACUGCGCCAAGAAAACCAGGAAGCCUAAGACGCUCACUCGCGAGCAGAGGCGGCACAUGAAGAGGUGGGAGUACUUCAUCGCUGCAGAGGAAGUCAUCUGGGACUACGCACCUGUAAUACCAGCGAACAUGGACAAAAAAUACAGAUCUCUGCAUUUGGAUAACUUCUCAAACCAAAUUGGAAAACAUUAUAAGAAGGUUGUGUACAAACAGUACCAAGAUGAGUCCUUCACCAAACGCCUGGAGGACACCACCACCCAAGAAGAUGGGAUCCUGGGCCCUAUUAUCAGAGCCCAGGUCAGAGACACACUCAAAAUUGUGUUCAAAAACAUGGCCAGCCGCCCCUACAGCAUUUACCCCCACGGAGUGACCUUCUCUCCUUUUGAAGAUGAAGUCAACUCUUCCUCCACCUCAGGCAGUAACACCAUGAUCAAAGCAGUUCAACCAGGGGAAACAUACACUUACAAGUGGAACAUUCCCGAGUCUGAUGAGCCCACAGAAAACGACGCCCAGUGCCUAACGAGACCAUACUACAGUAACGUGGACAUCAGCAGGGACAUCGCUGCUGGGCUGAUCGGGCUACUUCUAAUUUGUAAGAGCAGAUCUCUGGACAAGCGCGGCAUCCAGAGGGCAGCAGACAGGGAGCAGAAGGCCGUGUUUGCUGUGUUCGAUGAGAACAGGAGCUGGUACAUUGAGGAGAAUAUCAACAAGUUUUGUGAAAGUCCUGAAAAGGUGAACCGGGAGGAUCCUAAGUUUUAUGAAUCGAACGUCAUGAGCACUAUCAACGGCUAUGUGCCUGAGAGCAUACCCACACUAGGAUUCUGCUUUGAUGACACCGUCCAGUGGCACUUUUGCAGCGUGGGAACGCAGGAUGGCAUUCUGACCCUCCACUUCACUGGGCACUCAUUCAUCUACGGGAAGAGGCACGAGGACACCCUGACCCUCUUUCCCAUGCGUGGGGAAUCUGUGACCGUCUCGAUGGAUAACGUUGGAACCUGGAUGUUAACCACCAUGAAUUCUAAUCCAAGAAGCAAAAAACUACAGCUGAAAUUCAGGGAUGUUAAGUGUAUCCGGAAUGAAGAUGACGAUGUAUAUGAGAUAUACGAGCCUCCAGCGUCUACCACCAUGAGUACACGGAAAAUGCGUGAUUCUUCAGAAAACCAAGGUGAAGGGGUUGAUGACCUCUACGAUUACCAGGACACACUGGCUUUAUCACUAGGAAUUAGGUCAUUCCGAAAUUCAUCAUUGAAUCAGAAGGAAGAUGAGUUCAAUCUUACUGCCCUCGCCCUGGACAACAGCUCUGAAUUCCUUCCUCCAAAUACAGAAGCAGCUGUUGGGUCAAAUUCUUCUUCCCCUAGUAACGUGAGCAGUGCUACUAACUUUACAGAACCUCACAAAAUCCUUCCUCCCCCAGAAGCCACCACAGCUGGUCCCCGCGUGGGACACAUGAGCUUAGAAAAGAACUCAGUUUUCAACCUUUCCACAAUAGAGCAUUCCAGCCCUUAUUCCGAAGACCCUAUAGAGGACGCUCUAUAUUCAAAUGUCACGGGGAUAAGCCUACUUCCGCGUGGUGCAGAAGGAGUCAGAAGUCAAGAACAUGCUAAACAUAAGGGAUUCGAGGCAGGAAGAGACAGAGGAGCAAAGCACAGGUUCUCCCAGAUAGAAUUUCCAGCACACAAAACUGGGAGACAUUUAAGCCUAAGCAACUCUACCCCUUCCAGAAUGGGGCCGUGGAAGGACCUUCCCAGUCAUCUGGUACUCUUAAAACAAAUGAACCGAUCUAAGAUUUUGAAUGGGAAAUGGUAUUUGGUUUCUGAAAAAGGUAGUUAUGAAAUCAUCCAAGAUGCUGGUGAAGAUAUGGCUGUUAGUGAGCUGCUGAACAGCCCCCAGAAUGCCUCAAGGACUGAGAGAGACAGGGUCCCUCUCACAAACAAGCAUGGAAAGCAGAGUGGCCACCCAAAGUUGUCUGGAAUUAGACAUAAAUCUCUACAGAUAAGACAGGCUAGCGGAAAUAGUAGAUUGAAGAACAGCACUUUUCUCAUUAGGACACGAAAAAAGAAAAAGGAAGAGAACCUUGCCCACCAUGUUCCUCUAUCUCCAAGGAGCUUCCACUCUCUAAGAGGAGGGGCCAACACAUUUGCAGACUUACUUCCCAAGUCUAAUGGGACAUCUCUCCCCACAGAGCUCAAUCAGACAUUCCCCUCUGUGAAUCUCAGCCUGAUUGCCUCACUUCCUGACCAUAAUCAGAAUCCCCCAAAUGACACCAGUCACACGAGCUCCCCUCUAGAUCUUUAUCAGACAAUGGCCCCAGAGGAACGCUAUCAAACGUUCCCUAUUCAAGACCCUGAUCAAACACACUUCACCACAGACCCCAGCCACAGAUCUUCUCCAGAGCCUGGCCAGAUUCUCAACUAUGACCCAGGAAAUAAGUCCCCCCCUACUGACAUUGGACAAACGCUCCCUUCCUUAGAACUUGAAGUCUGGCAGACGACCAUCUCUCUAGAACUCGGUCAGCCAUCUGUCUCUCCAGAACUCAGUCAGACAAGCCUUUCCCCAGACGUCAGCCAGGAGACUCUCUCUCCAGAACUCAGUCAGACAAGCCUUUCCCCAGACGUCAGCCAGGAGACUCUCUCUCCAGAUCUCAGCCAGGCAACGCUUUCCCCAGACAUCAGCCUGGAGACUCUCUAUCCAGACCUCAGCCAGGCAACGCUUUCCCCAGACAUCAGCCUGGAGACUCUCUAUCCAGAUCUCAGCCAGGCAACGCUUUCCCCAGACAUCAGCCUGGAGACUCUCUCUCCAGAUCUCAGCCAGGCAACGCUUUCCCCAGACAUCAGCCUGGAGACUCUCUCUCCAGACCUCAGCCAGACAACGCUUUCCCCAGACCUCAGGCAGACAUCACUUCCUCCAGACCUUGAUCAGACAUCCUAUACUUCUGAAUCUAGUCAGUCGUUGCCUCUUCCAGAAUUUGGUCUGACUUUCCCUGAUAGAGACCUUGGUCAGAUGCCAUCUCCUCUGCCAUCUCUUCCACUAAAUGACACUUUUAUACCACCAGUUGUAUUAGGCUUCAGUGGAGAUGAUGGAGAAUACACUGAGAUUAUUCCAAUGGGAAAGGAAGAGAGCAGUGAGGAGGACUCUGUUGAAUUUGAUUUUUUGAGCUAUGAUGACCCUUACCAAACUGAUAUUAGGACGGAUAUCAACUCCUCCAGAAACCCCGACAACAUUGCAGCAUGGUACCUCCGCAGCAAAAAUGGAAACAGAAAAAAUUAUUACAUUGCUGCUGAAGAAAUAUCCUGGGAUUAUUCCAAAUUUGCACAAAGUGAUGUGGACGCUGAAAACACGGAUGAUGCCUCACAGGGCACCGUAUACAAGAAAGUCGUUUUCAGGAAGUACCUCGAUAGCACUUUUACCAAACGUGACCCCCGGGGGGAGCAUGAAGAGCACCUGGGCAUUCUCGGUCCUGUCAUUAGAGCUGAAGUGGAUGACGUCAUCCAAGUUCGUUUUAAAAAUCUAGCGUCCAGACCAUAUUCUCUUCAUGCCCAUGGGCUUUCCUAUGAAAAAUCAUCGGAAGGAAAGACUUAUGAAGAUGAGUCUCCUGAGUGGUUCAAAGAAGACAAUGCCAUUCAGCCAAACAGCAGUUAUACGUACGUGUGGCACGCCACCGUGCGGGCGGGGCCAGAAAACCCCGGCUCUGCCUGUCGGGCGUGGGCCUACUACUCAGCAGUGAACCCGGAAAAAGAUAUCCAUUCAGGCCUGAUAGGUCCCCUUCUGAUCUGCCGAAAAGGGACACUUCAUAAGGAGAGCAAUAUGCCCGUGGACAUGAGGGAGUUUGUCUUACUCUUUAUGGUCUUUGAUGAAAAGAAGAGCUGGUACUAUGAAAAGAAGCCCCAAAGGUCUUGGAGACGUGCAUCUUUAGAAGGAAAACACUCCCAUGAGUUUCAUGCCAUUAACGGGAUGCUCUACAACUUGCCUGGCCUGAGAAUGUACGAGCAAGAGUGGGUGAGGCUGCACCUGCUGAACCUGGGCGGUUCCCGGGACAUUCACGUGGUUCACUUCCACGGCCAGACCUUGCUGGAAAACGGCACUCACCAGCACCGGCUGGGGGUCUGGCCCCUUCUGCCCGGUACAUUUAAAACUCUUGAAAUGAAGGCAUCAAAACCUGGUUGGUGGCUCCUAGACACAGAGGUUGGAGAAAACCAGAGAGCAGGGAUGCAAACUCCAUUUCUCAUCAUAGACAGAGACUGUAAGAUGCCACUGGGACUGAGCACUGGUGUCAUAGCUGAUUCACACAUCAAGGCGACCGACUUUCUGGGUUAUUGGGAGCCCAAAUUAGCAAGAUUAAACAAUGGUGGAUCAUACAAUGCUUGGAUCACAGGACAAAUGUCAGUAGAAUUUGACUCUAAACCUUGGAUCCAGGUGGACAUGCAAAGGGAUGUCCUGUUGACGGGGAUCCAGUCCCAAGGUGCCAAACACUACCUGAAGUCCUACUAUACCACUGAGUUCCAAGUGGCUUACAGCUCCGACCAGGCCAACUGGCAGAUCUUCAGAGGGAACAGCCCAAGGAACGUGAUGUAUUUUGAUGGCAAUUCAGAUGCCUCUACAAUCAAAGAAAAUCGCUUUGACCCGCCAAUUGUGGCUAGAUAUAUUAGGAUCCACCCGACUAGAUUCCAUAACAAACCGGCCCUUCGAUUGGAGCUGCAAGGCUGCGAGAUUAACGGAUGUUCCACGCCGCUGGGGAUGGAAAGUGGGAAGAUAGAAAACACGCAAAUCACAGCUUCCUCCUUUAAAAAGUCUUGGUGGGGAGAUUACUGGGAGCCGUUCCGUGCCCGUCUGAAUGCCCAGGGCCGUGUGAAUGCCUGGCAAGCCAAGGCAAACAACAACAAGCAGUGGUUACAAAUUGACCUGCUCAAGGUCAAGAAGAUAACUGCGAUCGUAACACAGGGCUGCAAGUCCCUGUCCUCUGAGAUGUACGUGAAGAGCUACACCAUCCACUACAGUGACCAGGGAGUGGCAUGGAAGCCGUACAGGCAGAAAUCCUCCAUGGUGGACCAGAUUUUUGAAGGAAACAGUAACAUCAAAGGACACGUGAAGAACUUUUUCAACCCGCCAAUCAUUUCUCGGUUUAUCCGCAUCAUUCCAAAAACGUGGAACCAGAGUAUUGCUCUUCGUCUGGAACUCUUUGGCUGUGAUAUUUACUAGAACCAAAUUCUCAGAGACAGGAAGGACUUGUAAAGGUAUUGAACCAGUUAGAGUGGGCAAUGCAUUUUAUAGCUAUGUUAAACUCUCUAUUAGAGAAUAAAAUUUAUAUAUGAAACUUUUAUAAGGUAACUCCUUGCUACUAUUAAAUAAGAUGACAGCUAUUACAUCUGCAUUAAUUUGAAUAUAAAUGGGAAAAUAUCAAGAACCAACAAGAAAAUGGCUUAUCUUUCACAAUGAUUAAAUAUGCUGUAUAAAGUAAUAUUCAUGUAGUUAAACCUCCCCAUGGUAGUUCUUUUAAAUCCUAAACACAUUAAUAAAACAGAUAUUACUUUCUUAAACAACCUCUAGACCUGGAUAGCUUUCACUCCUACGUUUUUCUUUAAAGAAACUAUGAUUUAAGAGUAACAGAAACAAAUUCGAUUUUUAAAUGGUUGACUUUUCUUGACAGUGGAGAGAAAAACAAUAUGACCAUGUGAAACAGAGUGCUUACAAUGCUGUCUCACCCGCAUGACAGUGAUUUUUCUGACCCUCCAUGAGGAAAGAUACAAGUAAACAUAUUUUCAGUAGUCCUGGGGGGACUUGUGAAUCUGGCCUGGUCUCCCUUGGGCCUGAUGGCACAUAUUGAUGUUCAGAUCAGGGGUCGUUAGGCACAGAACAGAAAUAACCACAGGAGAACUGAACAGGAGUUCUUGGCUUCAUUCUAGCUGACACUACAUGGCACUGUGUCCCACAUUUUCAAAAUAUAGGUUUGCCUAAGGGAAAGCAAAUACCAGCAAAAGAGGCAUUUUUCACUAUAUAAUGGGCCCCACACUUAAUAUCGCUAGUCCUGGGUCCCUCUACUGAAGAAAUGGGUGGGCUCUCUUCUGUUCUAGAAUCUACCGAGGCAUAACAGGGGCAAGAAAAUCAUGCGGAAUGCCAGGGAGGGGAAGAAAUGAGAAUGUAGCCCAAGAUCCAACUUCCUCAUCCAAUAUAUGAAAACAUGAGGUCACAAAGGCUCAACAACGGCCUGAGGCUAUUUCUUGUUCCUGUCAGGGCUGAAACCAGAAAGCAGACGAUCAGACUCCCAGCCUCCCUUUCAGUCUGGUCUCUCUGGCAUAAAACAGAAAUUAUAAUGACUAUGAUUCAUCCCCCCCAGACAGGUAGACAUGAAUAUUAAUUAAUGAGAACGAUUAAUUGAUCUGCAAAUUAUUUGUUUGGGGACCAAUGAGAUAUUUGGGUUAUAUCCGAUCUGUGUAGCAAUAGUAUAACCCCUCUUAUUUUGAAAUAAAAAUAUAUGUUUUUA